CGGAUAUGACGCUCUCUUGAAAGCCCGUUUCUCGUGGCUUUAGUCGACCAAAUAACGAAGUCCUCAGUUGUCUACGAUUUUUUUCCCUCAGAAGCUACCUUCUCGUGAACGGCUCAAUUUAAUUAAAUAAGAAUACGAUUUCGAAAAAAGUCGACAGCGUGAAAAGGUGUGAAAACUCGGAAAAUCGAUCAAGACAGUAUGACAAAACUAAGAGCAUCGAAAUCGUAAACUCGAACGGUGAUUGUGGUUUUUUGUUCGCGUUCGAUAUUGUAUAUCCCGUAUGCGCGUUCGCAGUGUGUAUUGUGAUUGCUUCAUUAUUCUUCACUGUGAAUUGUGACCGUUGACCUUGAUCAAGAUUCAUACAUAUUCACGUGACAGAGAAAGUAACGUCGAAUUUAUUCUGCUGAGGAUAAAAAAUAGAUCGAAGACUUUAGAGGACAAGUUUGACAAUUCAAUCGAGAAACAAAAAUGGCAGACGAAUCAAUGGAUACAGGGGAGGUUGAAAUUAUAACAAUUCCAAACCCGAUUUUUGAUACAGAACAGUUAGCCGAGAGCAUGAAAGAUGAGGCCAAUAAAUUAUAUGCUGCAGAACAAUAUCAAUCAGCUCUCGAAGGGUACACUAAAGUUAUAGAGCUAUGUCCAAACACUGCAAAAUAUUACGGGAAUCGUGCUGCGUGUUACAUGAUGCUCUAUCAGUAUCGCAAUGCAUUCAUAGAUGCGAAGAAAUGUGUAGAACUCGAUCCAAAGUCUGUCAAGGGUUAUACUCGCGUUAUCAAGUGCUGCUUGAUAUUGGGUGAAAUUGUUGAAGCCGAAACUUUCCUCGAUAAAAGAGCUCUCUUGGAUCCAGCCAUCGAUACAGCCAAUGAACGCAGGGAACUCGAACAUGUAAAACGAUACAUCAGAGAAGCAGAAGUUGCUUAUGCAGCUAAGGAUUACCGCAAGGUUGUUUAUUGCAUGGAUCGCUGCUGUGAUGUCAGUACAUCAUGCCCACGAUUUAAACUAACGAAGGCCGAGUGUUUAGCUCUGUUGGGAAGAUAUCAAGAAGCUCAGGAGCUAGCAAAUGAUAUUUUGCAUCAAGAUCGAACGAACGCCGAUGCGACUUAUGUACGCGGCAUGUGUUUGUAUUAUCAAGACAAUGUCGAACAAGCUUUCAUGCACUUCCAACAAGUUCUCCGAUUCGCCCCUGAUCACACGAAAGCUCUGGCAAUUUACAAGAAAGCAAAAUUGCUGAAAGAAAAAAAAUUUAACGGCGGACUUGCAUUCAAAUUGGGCCGUUUCCAAGAAGCUUACGACCUGUACAGUGAGGCCCUGAAAAUCGAUCCACUCAACAAAUCGGCCAACACUAAAUUACAUUUCAACAAAGCAACGGUCGCUGCAAAAUUGGGAAAACUGAACGAAUCGAUUUCCGAAUGCACGGAAGCAUUGAAACUCGACGGCGGAUAUCUCAAGGCCAUUCUCAGGAGGGCGCUCUGUUUCAUGGAAUUGCAACUUUAUGAAGAGGCUGUACGCGAUUAUGAGAGCGCUUGCAAAAUAGACAAAGGUUUCUAUAACAGAAGAUUACUGAUGGAGGCGAAAGCAGCUCUCGCUAAAUCCAAGAGAAAAGAUUACUAUAAAAUUCUGGGUAUCAGUAAAACUGCUUCUACUGAUGACAUUAAGCGAGCCUACAAAAAGAGAGCUUUGGUACAUCAUCCAGAUCGCCAUGCGAAUGCCAGCGAAGCCGAGCAGAAAGCUGAGGAAAAGAAAUUCAAGGAAAUUGGUGAAGCGUAUACGAUUUUGUCGGAUCCGAAGAAACGUUCCUGCUACGAUGACGGACAAAGUUACGAUGACAUUAACACGGACGGUGAGUUCGCCGACUGCGAGACUUUUGCAGCAUUCUUCGGUGGAUAUGGCAAGCGGAGAGGCGGGACUACUUUCAACGGUUUUACGAUGUGAUUCAAGCGAGCAGCGUCUGAACGAGCUUCGUCACCACCGGUAGAAAAAAAACGUGUGUGAAUUUUUGAAUAUCCAUCAUCAGUCUGGGAAUUAAAUCAGCGUUCACAGUAUAUCCAAAAAUAUACUUAUUAUUCUUGAUUUUCUAACGAGGUCAUCGAGAAUGAAAAAAAAUAUAUAUAUUGAAUUUCGUUUCUUGCUGAUCGAUUUCACUGUCGAUCAUAUUUCGAACAUCUUCAGCCUAAACAAAAAGACACACACUGAGCGAGUAUUUGUGUUCCGUUAGACAAAAAAUGUUGUAGCACUAAUGAAUAAUUGUGACCCAUCGUUGACGGCUGGGUUCUAUGGCCGAAUUUAUUGAAAACAACUACCGCGUCAUCAUCAUUCGGGCCGUUGUGGCUAUGAUAACAAAAAAGAAACAGAAAAAAAAUGUUUUUUUUUUUUUUUAUAAUUGAAAACUUCGACCGAAAAGCGUUACACUAAGAUAAACACACUGAAUCAUUGAUCAUUUAAAUACCGGAUUCUCAAUCAUUUACUGUUUCAUUCUCUCCCAUACAUUCGAUUACAGAAUGGAUUAUUCUUUAUUUUGUUGUUUAUCUAACGCAAUCUAUCGGAUGAAGGAAUUAUUAUUUUUUUAAUAAAAAUUUGAACAUAUAUUAACGUGCGAAAAAGAAGUCGAGAUUCUCGCGUAAAAUCGGCUUUCUUUUAUCUAGUUUAGGAUCAAUUCAACCCACUCACUGCAACACUUUGUGCAAAUGUUUUUAUUUCUGUGAAUCAACAGUGUGUCCGAAAAAUUAACGAAAAUACAGGUGUUCAUUAAUUUAUAUAAUUGUUAUUGCGAUUUAUUAUCAUGCGUUUGAUCAAGAAACUAGUUAGAAGUAUAGUUAUCAAUACAAAACUGCCCUGCGCCUGUCUUCUUUGACAUUUGUCGAGAGCUUUGUUCUGUAACUCAAGAUAAUACUCGCGAUCGGAAGACGGAUUGAUCACUAUACUUCGAGUCAGGAUAUCCCGAGCAAAUAUGAAAUUCAAACAGUUUGACAUUUGAAUCAAACGAAAUUUAAAAUAAAUCGGAAUUCACUAUCUAAACUGCUGAAAUUGCUGGGGUCAUCUCAGACCACAUGUCCUUGAGGAUUAAUCCUCUAAAAUGAUUAAAUCUCUGUUAAUUAAUAACUGAAAGGUCAUUGAGUUUGUGGAAAAAAUAUGUUACUUACUGAGGCGUGAUCAAUGAUGAAAAGAUCAUCCGCCAAAAUGUGAAUUUUAUCGAAACUCUUCAUCUCAUUAAAUUUUCCUUCGCAAUUAACCUCACUCUCACGCGCUCACUAAAAACUUUUCGAACCCCGAGAAGUAUGAGAAAAGACAGAAUCCCCUUAACUAACGUAAAAUCUAAUAUUUGCGUAUUUAAUCGAUCAUAUAUGGUAUGCCAUAGAUUUAUUGAAAAGAAUAAGUACGUAAUUGCGAAUAGAACGUUGAAAAACAAAAUACUAAGCAUUGUCGGAAGAUUCUCUGGAUAUGUGCGCUGAUCUUUUUGUUGGAACUACGUGUAUGCAAGAAGUUUUUAUACAAUGUGGAAACGGAAAAAGAAAGAAUGAAUAAAAAAAAAAAAAAAAAAAAAAAAAAA